CUUUACCCGGACGGUGCAACGUGCAUCAUUCAAAGAGAGAAUCUCGACGGGGAUAAACGGGUCAAUCGGGUUUCGCAGCGAGCCAAGGAGAAUGGAUAGCCAAGCUCAUACGGUUACUAGCGCUCCCACCGCCGGCGACUCCGUCGGGAUCCAUCAGAGGUCUCCACUGCGAGCUGACUGGCCUACCGUUGACGGCCCGCUGGGGCUCUCGGAGCAAGAUUCAAUUGGAUACGCCCGCAGGUUCUUCAAAUUCGGGUUCGUGCUACUCCCAUGGCUUUGGGCCGUCAACUGCUUCUACUUCUGGCCGGUUCUUCGCCGCCCUACUUCUCAUUUCCACCCCGAUCUUCGUCGCUGUAAGUCAUUUCAAAUGCAUUAAUUUUAUUUAGAGAUGUUUUUGUUGAUGCCUUCAUAUGUAUCCAUUAGGCGUGAAGAAUUGAAUUUUUUUUCAAGUUACAUUGUGUCUUUCUAUGUCAGCUUCUAAUUGUUUAAAUCGCAAGGAAAUUUUUGAGAAAUCCUGGAUAGAAACGGGUCAUCUGGCCCUUUUAAUGAGCUGUAACAAAAUUUAGGUAUUCAUCAGGCAAAAUUAUAUGGGACUGGUUUACAUUGAUCAAUUGGCAUGCUCAAUUGAUAUUUGGAUGAUUUUAAGGAGAUUAUAUCACAGGGAGUAGUAAAUACGGAGUACAACAUAAGCUCAUUGGAGCUUUUAAGACUAUAUUUUCAGUUUUUGCACUGAAUAAGGGCAUAUGGCUGGAUCCACUGUUACACAAAAUAUGGCCUACCCAUUUCCCAGGUACUACACAGUCCCGUACAGCUUGAAAGGCUGUCUUGACACCACUCCACAACUUCACAUACUGGUCAAUUGACGAUAUCGAGUUGCCAUAACAAAGUACUGGUUGGAGUUUUUCAUGUGCCAGAAACGAAAAGGAUAGGUUCCGUCUUGAGCGUUUCUGAACUUCAAUACACAGUUCCAAUUAAAUUUCUCAGGUAGGUUCUUCCUGAUGGAAUAGUAAGUGGUAUGCUGACUUUGUAUUUCACACUUAUUACUUAUUAGAUGGCCACCUCCAUGUGUUCCAAAAGGUUUGGCAUCAAUAUUCCAGAACAGGCCCUGUGUGAGCAUUACAUAUCCAUGAAUUAUUGACAAUUGGGUGUAGUGAGCCCAAAAUAAUAGCUGUUUCUUUUAAUGUAGUACAUGAUAGUGAGCGUUUAUGGUGGUAAUAAGAAUGUGUUUUUCAAUAUACAUUUCCGAUGGCCAUUAGCCUGAAUGAAAUAUAAUCAUCUACUGAUUAACAUUGAAAUCAUAUUCACGCUAUUGUUUUUAUAUUUGUGUUUCACUUCUCCCUUCUCCAGAUGUGGUUGGAUCAGCUAUUGGAUUUGCAGUAUUCAGCGUUAUUCUUUGUUCAUGGGCUAUUACCUUUGCUGUAGGAGGAGAGAAUCUAUUUGGGGAUUCUUGGAAUGAGCUGGUAAUGUACAAUAUUGCCGACAAAUAUGGAUUGACUGGCUGGAUGUAGUAGAUAAUGUACUUGCUUCUUAACUAUAUCACGUUUGAAAUCAUGUCAAGAUGUUUCCUAAUGUGAUAAAGCGACUUGAGAAAUCGUUUUAUGGUGGGCAAGCAAUUAGUUCUUGUGCAAAUCAGUUAGUCUGUAUUAUUUUGCGGAUCCCAUUGCCUGUAUGUGGUGACUAAGGGGGUUGAGUUCCAAGAAGUGAGUUAUUAUGGCUACAUCAAGUUUAUUUUACCUGUGAGAUGUUGUAGUAGGGUUAAUGAAUUGCUAUAUUACUAAGCCAUGUAAUCUUGUUGGUGCUUGGAUAUAACAAUAUUGUUUAGGGUGGGGUUAUACUAAAGUGUAUUUUGCCCAAUAAUUUUAUAUGGGCUUUACCAUUAUU